CGGAGGGAUUGCGGCGGCCCUGCAGUGGAGAUAACCUUGAGGCUGAGGCAGCCGAUACCCGCAUUGGAGCGACGCGUCGUGAGCCUCCAGACGUCUCUGCGGUAGCAUCGCAUCCCAAGCCGGACCACGUCGGAGUUCCUCUGGACCCAAGACCUCAGAAGCCAUGCCGAAGCCCCACAGUGAUGCCGGGACCGCCUUCAUUCAGACCCAGCAGCUGCAUGCGGCCAUGGCUGACACGUUCCUGGAGCACAUGUGCCGCCUGGACAUUGACUCGCCACCCAUCACGGCCCGGAACACCGGCAUCAUCUGUACCAUCGGCCCAGCUUCCCGAUCAGUGGAGACACUGAAGGAGAUGAUUAAGUCUGGAAUGAACGUGGCUCGUUUGAACUUCUCUCACGGAACUCAUGAGUACCAUGCAGAGACCAUCAAGAACGUGCGUACAGCUACAGAAAGCUUUGCUUCAGAUCCCAUUCUCUACCGGCCAGUGGCUGUGGCCCUGGACACUAAAGGACCUGAGAUCCGAACCGGGCUCAUCAAGGGCAGCGGCACUGCUGAGGUGGAGCUCAAGAAAGGAGCCACGCUCAAGCUCACCCUGGAUAAUGCCUACAUGGAAAAGUGUGACGAGAAUGUCCUGUGGCUGGACUAUAAGAACAUCUGCAAGGUGGUGGAUGUGGGCAGCAAGGUCUACGUGGAUGAUGGACUUAUUUCUUUGCUGGUGAAGCAGAAAGGUCCUGACUUCCUGGUGACGGAGGUGGAGAACGGCGGCUUCCUGGGCAGCAAGAAAGGCGUGAACCUUCCCGGAGCUGCUGUGGACCUGCCUGCCGUGUCCGAGAAGGACAUCCAGGAUCUGAAGUUUGGGGUGGAGCAGGACGUGGAUAUGGUGUUCGCAUCUUUCAUCCGUAAGGCGGCCGACGUCCAUGAAGUCAGGAAGGUCCUGGGAGAGAAAGGAAAGAACAUCAAGAUAAUCAGCAAAAUCGAGAAUCACGAGGGAGUUCGGAGAUUUGAUGAGAUCCUAGAAGCCAGCGAUGGUAUCAUGGUGGCUCGUGGUGAUCUAGGCAUUGAGAUUCCUGCAGAGAAGGUCUUCCUUGCCCAGAAGAUGAUGAUUGGGCGGUGCAACCGAGCUGGGAAGCCUGUCAUCUGUGCCACGCAGAUGCUGGAGAGCAUGAUCAAGAAGCCCCGUCCCACCCGGGCUGAGGGCAGUGAUGUGGCCAAUGCAGUCUUGGACGGAGCUGACUGCAUCAUGCUGUCUGGAGAGACGGCCAAAGGGGACUACCCCCUGGAGGCUGUUCGCAUGCAGCACCUGAUAGCUCGUGAGGCUGAGGCAGCCAUGUUCCACCGCAAGCUGUUUGAAGAACUUGUGCGAGCCUCCAGUCACUCCACAGACCUCAUGGAAGCCAUGGCCAUGGGCAGCGUGGAGGCUUCUUAUAAGUGUUUAGCGGCAGCUUUGAUAGUUCUGACGGAGUCUGGCAGGUCUGCACAUCAGGUGGCCAGGUACCGCCCCCGAGCCCCCAUCAUUGCUGUGACCCGAAAUCACCAGACAGCUCGCCAGGCCCACCUGUACCGCGGCAUCUUCCCCGUGGUGUGUAAGGACCCAGUGCAGGAGGCCUGGGCCGAGGACGUGGACCUCCGGGUGAACUUGGCCAUGAAUGUUGGCAAGGCCCGAGGCUUCUUCAAGAAGGGAGAUGUGGUCAUUGUGCUGACCGGGUGGCGCCCUGGUUCCGGCUUCACCAACACCAUGCGCGUAGUGCCUGUGCCGUGAUGCACCCUGCAGCCCCUACUCCAGCCCCAUCCCAUCCCCCUCCCUCAUUCCAUCCAUUAGGCCAGAAAUGCUUGUAGUGCUCACUUGGGGCUGUGUGUGGCACUGGUGGGCUGGGACCCAGGGACACCUCUGUGAAACAUGGCUGUUUUUAAGACCCUGCUUGGGUGGGGUAGUUCAGAGCUGGACCUCCCAUCAAGUGGCCCCAUCCAAGCAAGGGAUGAAGGAAGGGUGCAGGCAGGACUGGAGUCCCCAGAGGGCAACAGCUCCUGCUUCUCUUCCUUUGUGUACUCCUGUAGUUCUGUAGAAAAUGGAUACCCAGAGAACUCCCAGCCCUGGCCUGGAAUCAGCAAAGAGCAGGGGCCUUAGGGCAUGGGGCAUGAAGCAGUGGUUCCAGUUUAAGCAGACUCUGGCCCUGGCCCUUACUUACUUCUCCAACCCCCUUAGCCUCCCUCACUCCCCCUUUGUUGUGCACUGUGCACUUCUGUUCCUUCACUCCAUUUAGCUGCUGCUGCAGACAAACACUCCACCCUCCGCCUCCCAUUUCCCCGACUACUGCAGCCGCCUCCAGGCCUGUUGCUAUAGAGUCUACCUGUAUGUCAAUAAACAACAGCUGAAGCACC